UCGUCCGGGGGAAUCGCAGCGCUGCAACAAAUAUGGCUCUUUAUCCACCAUCAUUUCGUCAGUUUAGGAAAACCAUUAGUGAAAUAUAAGAGAUAUAUUGCAGGAGCAGGAGGCGGGGAGGCGGGGUGGUUGUCACGGGCAGUGUCUCGUCACUACGCACCGCUUGCUCUGUCUUGUUCCCACUCUGCUAGCUACUUAGCUCUCAUAGUAAAUAUUAGCUCGCACAGCUAGCUGGCUUACUGUUGAUUGAUAAAAUGGCCACCAUGGAGAAACUGAUGAAGGCCUUUGAGUCUCUGAAGUCUUUCCAGCAGCAACAGGGCCCACCGACAGCAGAGGAGCUUGUCCAGAAACAGAAAAAGGAACAGGCUACCACGAAGAAGGACAGGGUCACCCACUGCUUGACAAUAUGUGAAAACAUUGUGGCUCAGUCUCUGAGAACGUCUCCAGAGUUCCAGAAACUGCUCGGCAUCGCCAUGGAGAUGUUCCUGCUCUGCAGUGAUGACAGUGAAUCAGAUGUCCGUAUGGUAGCAGAUGAGUGCCUGAACAAAAUCAUCAAAGCACUGAUGGACUCCAACCUUCCUAGACUGCAGCUGGAGCUGUACAAAGAAAUAAAGAAGAAUGGUGCCUCCCGCAGUCUAAGGGCAGCUUUGUGGAGGUUUGCUGAGCUUGCCCACCUCAUCAGACCACAGAAAUGCAGACCCUACCUGGUCAACUUGUUGCCAUGCCUCACCAGAAUUACCAAGAGGCAGGAGGAGACAGUACAGGAGACACUUGCUGCAGCAAUGCCUAAGAUCAUGGCUGCCCUGGGACACUUUGCCAAUGAUGGCGAGGUCAAGGUGCUGCUCAAGUCAUUUAUUGCCAACCUGAAAUCCAGUUCCCCCACCAUCAGACGGACAGCGGCCAGCUCAGCUGUCAGUGUGUGCCAACACUCCAGACGCUCGAGCUACUUCUACACCUGGCUUCUUAAUGUGCUCCUGGGUCUGCUUGUCCCAGUGGAUGAGGAGCACCCUAGUCACCUAAUUCUGGGGGUGCUGUUAACCCUUCGCUAUCUGAUGCCUCUGCUGCAGCAACAAGUUAACACAGCCAGCCUCAAAGGAAGCUUUGGAGUCAUGAGGAAGGAGGCUGAUGUUCAGCCUACUCCUGAACAACUUCUUCAGGUGUACGAGCUGACCCUACACUACACACAACACUGGGAUCACAAUGUGGUCACGGCGGCUCUGGAGCUUUUGCAGCAGAUGUUCAGGACUCCCUCUCCAGAGCUUCUGCACAUGCUCAUCACCCCUGGCAGCAUUUCACAUGUGACUGUGUUUCGCCAGGACAUCGAGAGCCGCGCGCGCUCUGGCAGCAUCCUUGAGCUCAUUGGUAAAAUCCUUUCUGGGGAUGAGGAUGGGCUGGAAGAUGAUGCGGAGAAAACAGAGGUCACUACUGGUUCCUUUACAGCAUCUGUUGUUGGGGCAGAUGGCUCCUCCCCGGCGCAGGUGGACAUCAUCACUGAGCAGCCACGCUCACAGCAUACCUUGCAACCUGGUGAAUCUGUGGACCUCAGUGUCUCUGAGCAAGGAGGCGGGACAUCUGCAUCAGACACUCCAGAGUCACCCAACGACAAUGAGGAGGAAAUGCUGAGUCGGAGCUCUAGCGGCGGUGCCAACAUCACUCCAGAGACGGCUGACUACACCACACCAGAGAAUGCUACCCCUGAGGGAGGGCCCUUAGGAGCAGGCGGGACUUUGCUCGGUACUAAUGACCGCUCGCUUCCGCCCAGUGACUCCUCCCAGACCACCACUGAGGGACCGGAUUCAGCUGUCACUCCUUCAGACGUAGCAGAACUGGUGCUGGAUGGCAGUGAGAGCCAGUACUCUGGGAUGCAGAUCGGAACAUUACAGGAUGAAGAAGAUGAAGGAGUUGCACCUUCCUCCCAAGAAGAACCCUCAGAACCAUUCCUGCAGUCAGCACUGGCUCUGAGCAAGCCUCAUCUCUUUGAAGGCAGAGGCCACAACAGGCAGGGUUCAGACAGCAGUGUGGACCACCUUAUACCCAAGGAUGAACCUGCUGAACCUGAACCUGACAACAAGCCUUCGCGGAUUAAGGGUCCAAUUGGACAUUAUACAGACCAGGGGGUGGAGCCGCUUGUGCACUGUGUACGGCUUCUCGCUGCUUCCUUCUUGCUGACAGGACAGAAGAAUGGACUUACCCCCGACAAGGAGGUGCGAGUGAGUGUAAAAGCUCUGGCUGUCAGUUGUGUUGGGGCAGCAGCAGCGCUGCAUCCAGAAGCGUUCUUUAAUUCCCUCUACCUGGAGCCGCUGGACGGCACACCAGUAGCAGAGCAGCAGUAUGUCAGUGACAUACUGGGCCUUAUUGACCACGGGGACCCCCAGAUCAGAGGGGCCACAGCCAUCCUCUCUGCAGCCAUUAUUCAGGCAGCACUCACCAAAACCCGUUUCAACAUACACACCUGGCUGGCCAGUGUGCAAAGUGCAACAGGUAACCCCCUGUCCCUGGUGGACUUGGUUCCUUUGCUCCAGAAAACCCUGAAAGAUGAAUCAUCUGUCACCUGCAAGAUGGCCUGCUCAGCAGUGAGGCAAUGCCUCAUGACUGUGUGCAGCAGUACCCUGAGUGAGCUUGGUCUGCAGUUGGUGAUAGACCUGCUUGCUUUGAGGGACUCCUCCUAUUGGCUUGUUCGCACAGAGCUCUUGGAGACCCUGGCUGAGAUGGACUUCCGGUUACUCAAUUUCUUAGAGAUGAAAACGGAGACUUUGCACAAAGGGGAUCAUCACUACACUGGGCGGCUGAGGCUCCAGGAACGAGUCUUAAAUGACGUGGUCAUCAAUCUGCUGGGAGAUGAUGACCCAAGAGUUCGGCACGUGGCAGCCUCAGCUGUCAGCAGGCUGGUUCCAAGGUUGUUCUUUGAAUGUGACCAGGGUCAAGUCGACCCAGUGGUGGCAAUUGCCCGGGACCAAAGCUCAGUCUACCUGCAGCUGUUGAUGCAUGAGACCCAACCUCCCUCUCAGCUGACAGUUAGCACAAUCACAAGGACAUACAGAGGCUUCAACUUGUCCAACAAUGUGGCUGAUGUCACAUUGGAGAAUAAUUUGUCCAGAGUGGUUACUGCCAUCUCCCAUGCUUUUACCUCCUCGACCUCCAGAGCGCUUACUUUUGGCUGCUGUGAGGCAUUGUGCCUAUUGACCACAAAGUUUCCACCCUGCACUUGGAACACAGGCUGGUUCUGUGGCUAUGUUAGCUCCAGUGGUGGUUUUUCUUCUCGCUCUAGUCUCAACCGCAGCAGGGGAAGAGCUUUCAGUGCACCAGCCACUUCAACCACUUCCUCAUCUGCUGCAGACACUGAGCGGAGAACUCUGACAGUGGGAAUGGCCAACAUGGCCCUCUCCUUACUGUCAUCUGCCUGGUUUCCACUAGAUCUUUCUUCACACCAGGAUGCACUUGUGCUUUCUGGCAAUCUGCUUGCGGCUGUGGCUCCUAAAUGCAUGCGCAACCCCUGGGCUGGAGAUGAAGAAGGCAGCAGUGGCAGCACAAACACCAGUGGAGGCCCGAAUAAGAUGGAGGAACCCUGGGCAGGGCUGUCUGAGCGCUCCUUGGUAGCAAUGGUGGAGCAGCUCUUCUCCCACCUGCUGAAAGUCCUCAACAUUUGCACCCAUGUCAUGGAUGACACACCACCUGGACCAGCUGUUAAGGCCACCCUUCCAUCCCUGAGCAACACUCCCUCACUCAGUCCCAUUCGGAGAAAAGGCAAGGACAAGGAUUCUGCUGAGCCUAGUGCUGCCCCUAUGAGCCCAAAGAAAAGCAGUGAGGUCAACACAGGUAGGCCAGCAGACAACACAGGGUCAACAGCUGUAAACAAAUCAAACCUUGGCAACUUCUACCAUCUUCCACCCUAUCUCAAGCUGUACGAUGUCCUCAAAGCUACUCAUGCCAACUAUAAGGUAUCACUGGACCUCCACAGUAGCCAGGAGAAGUUUGGAGGUUUCCUGCGCUCCACCUUAGAUGUUCUGUCUCAGCUCCUGGAGCUGGCCACACUACAUGACAUCAGCAAGUGUGUUGAGGAAAUCUUGGGCUACCUAAAGUCCUGUUUCUCCAGAGAACCAACAAUGGCUACUGUUUGUGUACAACAGCUGCUGAAGACUCUGUUUGGCACCAACUUGGCUUCCCAGUACGAGGGCGUCCUGAGUGGACCAAGCCGAUCCCAGGGCAAGGCUCUCCGCCUAGGCUCGUCCAAUCUGCGACCAGGCCUCUACCACUACUGCUUCAUGGCACCAUACACUCACUUUACUCAGGCUCUUGCUGAUGCGAGUCUGCGCAACAUGGUGCAGGCUGAAGCGGAGCAAGACACUUCCGGAUGGUUUGAUGUAAUGCAAAAAGCUUCAAACCAGCUUAGGUCCAACAUUGCAAAUGCAACACGCCACAGAGGAGACAAGAAUGCCAUCCACAACCACAUUCGUCUCUUUGAGCCUCUGGUGAUCAAAGCUUUGAAGCAGUACACUACAAGCACUUCUGUGACCCUGCAGAGACAAGUACUGGACCUGCUGGCCCAACUUGUGCAGCUCAGAGUCAACUAUUGUCUGCUGGACUCAGAUCAGGUGUUCAUAGGGUUUGUCCUGAAGCAGUUUGAGUACAUUGAGGUUGGCCAAUUCAGAGAUUCCGAGGCGAUCAUUCCCAACAUCUUUUUCUUCCUGGUGUUGCUGUCUUAUGAGCGUUACCAUUCUAAGCAAAUAAUCAGCAUCCCAAAGAUCAUCCAGCUGUGUGAUGGCAUUAUGGCGAGUGGCAGGAAAGCUGUCACACAUGCCAUUCCAGCCUUGCAGCCCAUAGUGCAUGACUUGUUUGUUUUGAGGGGCUCAAACAAAGCAGAUGCAGGCAAAGAGCUGGACACACAGAAAGAAGUGGUGGUCUCCAUGCUGCUUAGACUUGUGCAAUACCAUCAGGUGCUGGAGAUGUUUAUCCUUGUGCUGCAGCAGUGUCACAAAGAGAAUGAAGACAAGUGGAAGCGAUUGUCCAGGCAGAUUGCUGAUGUGAUACUUCCAUUGAUUGCUAAGCAGCAGAUGCACCUUGACUCUCCGGAGGCGCUGGGAGUGUUAAACACUUUGUUUGAGACCGUGGCCCCCUCCUCUCUGAGACCAGUGGACAUGCUACUCAAGAGUAUGUUCACCACCCCGGCAAGCAUGGCAUCAGUAACUACAGUCCAACUGUGGGUGUCUGGUAUCCUCGCGGUGCUCCGAGUACUCAUCUCCCAGUCCACUGAGGACAUUGUCCUCUCCCGGAUCCAUGAACUUUCUCUCUCUCCGCAUCUCCUCUCCUGCCACACAAUCCAUCGCCUCCAUCAGCAGAGCCCUUCCCAAAAUGAACAAACCACUAUUGAUACUCUCUGUAACCAGGAGUCUAAGGAUGAGACACAAAAAGCUCCACCUGAGGAAACCUUUGCCAGGUUUCUGCUCCAGCUUGUAGGAGUGUUGUUGGAUGACAUUUCCUCCAGACAGAUUAAGGUGGACAUUACAGAGCAGCAACACACCUUUUAUUGCCAGCAGCUGGGGACACUACUCAUGUGUCUCAUACAUGUCUUCAAAAGUGGAAUGUUUCGCAGGAUCACAGCUGCAGCUAGCCGUCUCCUGAAGGACGAGAGUGGAUGCGGACAGACUAGCACUGAGGCAAACCUUUUUUACCCCUUGGAGGGUCUCAACAGCAUGGUGCAGUGCUUGAUCACCACCCACCCCUCCCUAGUGCUGCUGUGGUGUCAGGUUCUCCUCAUCAUCAACUACACCAACUACUCCUGGUGGGCAGAGGUGCACCAAACACCCAGGAGACAAAGCCUGUCAUGUACGAAGCUGCUGAGUCCUCAUUCCUCGGGGGAAGGAGAAGAGGACAAGCCUGAGGCUCGUUUAGCCAUGGUCAACAGAGAGAUUGUACGCAGGGGAGCCCUCAUCCUCUUCUGUGACUAUGUGUGUCAGAACCUCCAUGACUCAGAACAUCUGACGUGGCUGAUUGUCAACCAUGUGCGUGACCUCAUCAGCCUUUCCCAUGAGCCUCCAGUGCAGGAUUUCGUCAGUGCUGUGCACCGCAACUCAGCUGCCAGUGGUCUUUUCAUCCAGGCAAUCCAAUCCCGCUGUGACAACCUCUCUACUCCUACCAUGUUAAAAAAGACUCUGCAGUGUUUAGAAGGCAUUCACCUGAGUCAGUCUGGCUCCCUGCUGAUGUUGUAUGUUGACAAGCUGCUAAGCACACCCUUCAGGGUUCUGGCUCGCAUGGUGGAUACACUUGCAUGUCGCAGGGUGGAGAUGCUGCUAGCUGAGACCUUGCAGAACAGUAUAGCCCAGCUGCCUGUAGAAGAACUGGACAGGAUCCAGGAAUACCUGCAGACCAGCGGCCUGGCUCAGAGGCAUCAGAGGUUCUACUCCCUGCUGGACAGGUUCAGGGCCACUGUUACAGACACCAAAAGCCCAACACCUCCUGUAACAUCUCACCCAUUGGAUGGGAAUCCACCACCUGCCCCUGAACUGGUCAUUGCAGAUAAGGAGUGGUACGUUGCUCUGGUGAAGUCUCAGUGUUGCCUUCGUGGAGAUGUCUCCCUGUUGGAGACGACGGAACUCCUUACCAAACUACCUCCUGCUGACCUGUUAAGCAUCAUGAGCUGCAAGGAGUUCAACCUGAGCCUGCUAUGUCCGUGCCUGAGUAUGGGGUUGCAGCGGUUAGCCCGGGGUCAGGGUUCACUCUUGUUCGAGACUGCCUUGCAGUCCACCCUGGAGCGCCUUGCAGCAAUCACUGGAUCACUUCCGGUCCCUCACCAGUCCUUCCUGCCAGCCUCCCAGCCACAGCCCUACUGGGAGCAACUAGCUGCUGUGUAUGGGGAGCCUGGUUUCUACCCGAGGGUUCUGUCACUCUGCAGAGCUCUUUCCCAGUACCUGCUGAGUGUAAGCCAGCUGCCUUCCUCCCUACACAUCCCCUCUGAAAAGGAGCACCUUAUCACCACUUUCACUUGCACUGCUGCUGAGGUGGUUGUAUGGCACCUCCUCCGGGACAAGCUGCCCCUGAGUGUGGACCUCCAGUGGGCUCUGUCCUGCCUUUGUCUGUCCCUGCAGCAGCCCUGCGUCUGGAACAAGCUCUCCACCCCUGAGUACAGCACACACACCUGCUCCCUCAUCUACUGCCUACGCCUCAUCAUUGUUGCAGUCGCUGUGAGUCCUGGUGACCAGCUUCUGCAUCCAGAGAAGAAAAGGACGAAGGCAGACAGAGACGCUGAAGAAGACCAAGUGGACUCUGCACACGCUGACCACAUGUUAGAGUGGCGAGCUUGUGAAAUCAUGGCAGAGCUAGUGGAAGGCCUGCAGAGCAUCCUUGCUCUUGGUCACCAUAGAAAUGGUUCAUUCCCUGCUUUCCUUACACCUACCUUGCGCAACAUUGUCAUCAGCCUGUCUCGUCUCCCACUGGUCAACAGCUACACUCGAGUACCUCCAUUGGUCUGGAAACUGGGCUGGUCCCCUCAGCCGGGAGGUGAGUUUGGCACAACACUGCCUGAGAUCCCUGUGGACUUCCUGCAGGAAAAAGAUGUCUUCAGAGAGUUUCUCUACCGCAUCAACACACUGGGUUGGAGCAGCAGGACUCAGUUUGAGGAAACCUGGGCUACUCUGUUAGGGGUGCUGGUCACCCAACCAAUCACUAUGGACCAGGAGGAGGAGACACAGCAGGAGGAGGACUUGGAGCGUACCCAGUUGAAUGUGUUAGCAGUGCAGGCCAUAACCAGCCUGGUGCUGAGUGCCAUGACCCUGCCUACUGCUGGAAACCCUGCAGUCAGCUGUCUGGAACAGCAGCCCCGCAAUAAGAGCCUCAAAGCCCUGGAGACAAGGUUUGGUAGGAAACUUGCAGUGAUCAGGGGUGAGGUGGAGAGAGAGAUUCAGGCCCUUGUGUCAAAGAGAGACAAUGUCCAUACACACCACCCAUACCACGCCUGGGACCCUGUACCCUCGCUGUCGUCCGCCUCAGCUGCCGGCACCCUAAUCAGCCAUGAGAAGCUGCUGCUUCAGAUUAACACGGAGAGGGAAAUGGGAAACAUGGACUACAAAUUAGGACAGGUCUCCAUCCACUCAGUUUGGCUAGGGAACAACAUCACCCCACUGAGAGAGGAAGAAUGGGGUGAGGAUGAAGAAGAUGAAACAGACAUUCCAGCCCCCACCUCCCCCCCUGUUUCUCCCAUCAACUCCAGGAAGCAUCGUGCAGGUGUGGACAUUCAUUCAUGUUCCCAGUUUCUCCUGGAGCUCUACAGCCAGUGGCUGAUCCCUGGCUCUCCAACUAACAGGAGGACCCCAACCAUACUCAUCAGUGAAGUGGUCCGAUCGCUGCUGGCAGUGUCUGACCUGUUCACAGAGAGGAACCAGUUUGAAAUGAUGUUCACCACCCUGAUGGAACUGCAGAAGCUCCACCCUCCAGAAGAUGAGAUCCUUAAUCAAUACCUCGUCCGCAUCUGUAAGGCUGCUGCUGUACUGGGCAUGGACAAAGCAAUAGCCGAGCCUGUGUGCCGACUGCUGGAAACUACCCUGCGUAGCACCCACCUGCCCAGCCGUAUGGGGGCUCUGCAUGGAGUACUGUAUGUGUUGGAGUGUGACCUGCUGGAUGACACGGCCAAACAGCUUAUACCAAUUGUCUCUGAUUAUCUACUGUCAAACCUCAGGGCUAUUGCUCACUGUGUGAACCUGCAUAACCAGCAGCAUGUGUUGGUAAUGUGUGCAGUGGCCUUCUACAUGAUGGAGAACUACCCUCUGGAUGUUGGCGCUGACUUUAUGGCUGGGGUUAUACAGUUGUGUGGUGUGAUGGUGUCAGCAAGCGAGGACUCUACUCCCUCAGUCAUCUAUCACUGUGUGCUUCGUGGUCUGGAGCGCCUUCUGCUGUCAGAGCAGCUGUCCCGUGUUGACGGAGAAGCGCUGGUCAAACUAAGUGUGGACAGAGUCAACAUGCCGUCGCCGCACAGAGCCAUGGCUGCCUUGGGCCUCAUGCUCACCUGCAUGUACACUGCGGUGCUUGCGUCGGGUUCAGACGUGACAGGGGUUAGAGGUCAGGGUGACUCUGGCUCUGCCGUAGCAGAGGCGCUGGGCGUUACGACGGGUCAUGUUGGUUUCUCCUCAGGCAAGGAGAAAGCCAGCCCUGCCAGUCGCCCCACCCACUCUGACCCACAGGCCCCAGACAGUGAAUCCAUCAUUGUUGCCAUGGAGAGGGUCUCGGUGCUCUUUGACAGGAUCCGGAAAGGUUUACCAAGCGAGGCUCGGGUGGUGUCCAGGAUUUUACCCCAGUUUCUAGACGACUUCUUCCCGCCACAGGACGUCAUGAACAAGGUCAUCGGAGAGUUCUUGUCUAAUCAGCAGCCUUACCCACAGUUCAUGGCCACUGUUGUCUACAAGGUUUUCCAGACACUCCAUGCCACUGGCCAGUCUUCUAUGGUGCGAGACUGGGUGCUGUUGUCCUUGUCUAACUUCACUCAGAGGACACCAGUAGCCAUGGCCAUGUGGAGUCUCUCCUGUUUCUUUGUCUCUGCUUCAACCUCCCAAUGGAUCUCAGCCCUACUGCCACAUGUGAUCAGCAGAAUGGGCUCCAGUGAGGUAGUGGAUGUAAACCUGUUUUGCCUCGUGGCAAUGGAUUUCUACCGGCACCAGAUUGACGAGGAGCUGGACCGCAGGGCUUUCCAGUCCGUCUUUGAGACAGUGGCGUCUCCAGGCAGCCCUUACCACCAGCUGCUGGGCUGCCUGCAGUCAAUCCACCAGGACACGACCCUGUGAGGGUGACAGAGAGAGAGGGAAAGAAGCAUGGGGUGAAAAGUGGAUUAGAGAUACAUUUGGCUGGGGAAAUAAUGAAGUCUCCUUUAGUUGUGAAGUAAAGGAAGAAGAGUGUUUCUUCAGACAAAUCUACUGCAGCCUCAUCCCUUUCCUUCAUAUGCACUGAUAUGAAUAAGUAGAACUACUGAAGUCAGUGAGUAUAAGGCCAAACCAAGUUUAUAUCCGAAUCAAUGUCAGUUUUAGGUCGUUAGUUACAUGAAAGGACUGUCUGGAGAAUACACUUAAGAUGAUGGACACUGGCUGCACCCCCCCCCCCCUCCAACCCUGAAUGACACCACCUUGAAUGAAAGCUUGGAAGAAAAAGACAAUAAUCAAACACAAAAUUGGAUUGGCUUAUUUUCCCAUUGGGACUUGUUUGAGUUCUCUUGGUGUAUGUCAGUUAUGUAAACAGAGAAAACAAAUUAGAAAACUCAAAGUAUUUACAAUAUAUAAAGUUUCAGUGCGUCUAUUUUUCAGUGUGUUAUGUAAGAGUGCUAAAGGUCUGGUUAGGAUACUUAGGCUGACACAAAUAUCACAAAUGUCUGCUUAAUGUUGCUUAACAUGAUCAUUCCGACACGAAAGUUAGUAAAUAUUUAAUUUUAAGGAAUGAUCAAUUAUAGCUAUCGUAUUUUUUUUUCCAAUGAUGAUGAGACGCUUGGGACGGAUGUUCAAAUUGUACUUUUCACAGCAGGAAUUGACUUGUAUGCACCCAUUUCAACAAUUGUUUCUGUUCAGUGGCCUAAUGUUGAUGUUGUUUUGAUUGGACAAAGACCUAUAGGGGUUCAUACUUAAAUAUAAAAAAAACAUGUUUUUUUUUUCUUCAUUAAACGUAGUCAUAACUUUGUAAGCGCCCAUACACCAACACACAAGAGGGUUGGAACAAUCGAGCAGGAAAACUAGCAAAAUAGCAGUGUUGUCAUCUUUACUUUUUACCAAGUAGUGGGGGAGAGGGCACGUUCUGAUGAGUUUCUGACAUUGCUUAUCUGCCAAGUCCUUUAAAAACAAAAAAAAAAAAAUAUAUAUAUAUAUAUAUAUAUAUAUAUAUUAAUUCUUGUAAGCCCCACAGUGCACCUGGAUGAUUCCACCUGUCAUUUUCUUGUACUUUUUUUAAUUCUCAGGUUGUAAGAUGUGAUUUAUUGUUGUUGUAAUAAGACUGGAAGUAAUUUGCAGUCAAAUCUUUAAAUGGAGUUAACUUCGUAUCUUGUAAAAAAAAAAAAAAAAAAUUAUUGUAAAGUAAUAUGAAAGCCAUCGUGCAUGAUAAAUUAAGAACUGUGUAAAGAUGAAAGAUCUUAAAAUAGGUGAUGUUGUUUCGUUUUGUCUUAACACACACAAACACAUGAUGAAAUGAAAAGCCAGGGAGACUGCAGAAUGCAAAAAUAGACAAGCUUAUACAAUUUUAAUGAAGACUUGACCUUGAGUUGCCUGGGAGCGUGCUGGGCGUCGUUACCCUGUACAUACACUUGCCUUAGAUAAAGACUGAAUAUAUGUUCUGUACACUAAAAAGCUUGAAAGCAUGCUUAGUUUGACUGCUAUUUUCUUGCAUAGUCUUUAAUAUCGUAUUUCUGUGGGUAUGGUUACCAUGACCAUUGUGCAGAAAAGAUGUAACACGAUCCAAAGGGAGCCUUGUAACCUUAGCAACCAACAGCAGCUUUGACAAAUCAACAGAUAAGGAAGUGUAGCAUGGUGGUGGCAUGUGAAAUGCAGAUUGUUUUUUUGUUUUUUUUAGCUUUAAAUAUUAUUUUUGUCUCUGUCAGUUUUUAAUAUUUCAUCUUUAAUUGUCUUUGUUUAGAAUUUCAACAAACACCUACCACAAAAAAAAAACUCUGAGAUUUGUGUCAUGUUGAUUGAAGGAGCUUUCUUGAUAUGCAAAGAGUCCUGCAACUCUUAAAAGUAAAACCGUCAUGAUUUUAUGCUAAAUGUGUCAGCACCAUCACCAUGUUGAAAUAAUGCAUAAACACAAUUUAAGAAACAGAGUCUUUGUCAGCUUUUGUUAAAAUGAUAAUGUGAGGCCUCCCUAAAGGGGAGCAAAUAGGCCUAAAUGUUUUUUUUCUGACACCAAGUCUCCAAAAUUGUAUGUUAAAAUGAAUCAAAGAAUGGCAGAACCUGUAUUUUAUUUUUGCUAAAGGGUAUCCAUUAAACAGCAUAAAGAAUUA